UUAAGAAAGAAAUCAUGCAAAAAUCAUUAUCCGGGACUUUCGGCUUUCGGCAUUCGGCCGUACUACAUUUACCGCUUACCCUGGCGGUGUCCGGCGGUAAAAAUACCCACCCCAUUUAUACUCAUCCAACAAAAUGGCUUACCAAUACGGACAGGGCCCACCAGGAGGGUAUGGAGUACAACCACAGCCAGGAUAUGGGGCUCCAGGUCCAGGAUACGGGGCACAGCCUCCACCCCCAGCAGGAUAUGGAGUUGGUGGUUUUGUUAGCCAGCCUAUGAUUGAUCCCCAAGUUCAGCAGUGGUUCAUGUCUGUCGACUUGGAUCGCAGUGGAAGAAUCACAGCAAUGGAAUUACAACAAGCCCUGGUCAACGCCAACUGGUCCCACUUUAAUCCCGAGUCUUGUAGAUUAAUGAUAGGUUUGUUUGAUAAAGACAUGAGUGGUACAAUAGAACUACAUGAGUUCCAGGCUUUGUGGAAUUAUAUUCAGCAGUGGAAAGGGGUGUUUGAACAGUUGGAUCAAAACAGAUCAGGUUCAAUUGACUUCAAUGAAUUGUGUAAUGCUUACCGACAAAUGGGAUACAAUCUCUCCCCCCAGUUUGCACAGACGGUCAUCGCAAAGUUUGACACCAUGGGUCGCAGGAGCUUGACCUUGGAUAAUUUCAUUCAGUCCUGUGUUAUGUUGAAGUCAUUGACUGAUGCCUUCCGAUCCCGAGACCCGACUGGAACAGGCACUGUCAGAAUGGGCUACGAGGACUUCUUGACCUUAGCUGUUUUCAAUAAAGUAUAGGUAGAAUGGACUACUUCUGUAGGAUAUCUAAAUUAUAAUUCUAUAACAUAUUUUAUAUUGUUGAUAUUUUCUAACUUUAAUUACAAAUAUCUGUAAGCUUGCUUUAUUAGGGCGACCAAUCAUUAUGGCCACCUGCUACGUUUGAUCAUGCACUGGUAUGUUGUAGACUUCCAUUAGUUACAUUGUGAUCAAAACCAGUUUCCAUGUGUAUUUUUUCAAAUAUUGAUAACAGUCUGUUAUAUAUACAUUGUAGAAAGCAUAUAAGGGAAUUGUUCUUGUUGAGUUUAAAGUUUUAUAAGGGGGGGGGGGGGGGGGGGGGGUCCUCUCCUUUUUUUCUUCCAAAUGAAAAGGGAUUGGCUAAAUUGGUAACAUUCUUCUAGAUUUGCAAGUUAAGGACAAAAAAACCAAAAUAAACCCCCAAUAUUUCCCUCUAGUUUAAACAGAAUGAUUUAGAAUUAGGAUUGCCAUCUAUGUUGUGGAAUCUGUUUGUAACUUUUUCCUAAUCACCGCACCUUGAUAUUCAGUCAUUGUACAUAGAUAUAUCUUUCAAGCAUUGUUGACCCAGACUGCUGUUUGUUCGGUCUUUAUUAUUAAUAAGUAUGCAUGUUUUCGUUAGUGUGCACAGUACAAACUUCAUGUGAUUCUAGGAUGUUGUUGAAUUUUGAGAUAAAAAAUACCGUAAAAUAAAAAAUAUGUCUUCACAAUUUGGAGUGUUCAGUUGCUUGAUGUCCAUUAUAUUUUCUUGUGUACAGUAGUUGCCAUGUUAAAUGUAUGUGAUUAUAAGUUAUGUUAGAUAUUUCUUUCUAUAUUUGAAACUUACACAAUUUCUAUUUAUUGAGGUUUUGGAAGAAGGAUAAACUGCACAGUAUGUACAUGUAUUGCAGUAUACAAGGUUCAUGUCAGAACACAUUUUCAAAUAUUUAUCUCUGUAAUAGAUCUGUAUAUGUCUUAUCUGAAACCAACUUCAACCUUCAGGCCAAAAUGAUGGGUGUAAUUACAUGUAUACAUAUACUGGCUCAAUUUUUAGAUAAUUUACUGGUUCAAGUACGAUUCAGUGUAUUGCUGAUGUGUAAAUUGAAAGGAAAAACAAAAUUGACAGCAAUGAAAUGUGCAAUGGUGAAAUUAAUGUCUGAUAAAAUUUAUAUUUAUAUUGUUUAAAAUCAUUCUGAAAGUCUAAAAAUAAAAUGAAAUAAAAAGGUA